GCAUCUUCAGAUGCUGUGCAAUAUUUCCUUUCUUCGUGUUUUUGUUAACGGUAUUGGCAGAAUUAGUUUCUAGAACCAAGUUCAGUGCUUUAGUUUGUUAAAAAUCAUUGUUUUCUGAUAAAGUUUAUAAAAUCAUAGAGCACUUCGUGUAGCAAAUAAUACGAGAUGACUACGGAAAAGGAUAAACAUGUCUCUGUGACGCACUUCAUUAAUCCGCAACUAUUUUGGUUUCACGAAAUUUGUGUGCCAAAUCCGGCUUAUCACGAAAUUAAAGAACUGGAAGAGCAGCUUGAACAAUAUUAUAAAACACAUCAACCAUGGACGCAAGCUAUACGUAAGCCGACAGUUGAUAUGCUGGUGGCUGUAAAAUUCCUAUCCUGGCACAAAAUGAUAAGAGCACGUGUUGAACAUAUUGCAAAUUUCAGUAAAAAUACGCAAGGUGGUGAAUAUAUUAUGUGGGCCAUUGAUUAUGGUUUUCCAUUUCAAACAAAAUCGGAACAAAUAUUUCGUUUGCCUGAUAAGUUAUCACGUCCAGUGGCGCAUAUACAACGUGGUGGUUUGGCAUACUUAACACCAGCCGAAACGGACUUUGAUUUUCGUAUGAGUUGCGCUGUGACAAAUGCCAAAGAGAAUUGGAGUCAACGUGCAUGUGAAUUGAUGGACAAAUUAUUGAAUGAAUCGGAAUCGGUUGUAUUCGUUGAGAAAUUUCAGCACGACGCACAUUUUUGGGGCGAUCUAAUAGUGACCACGCAUUUGGGCUAUAAAUGUAAUGUGCGUGAUUAUUUAAUUGGCAUAAGUGUGGCUUUAGAUGCCGGUCCGAGUUUUCGUGAAGCAUGUACAAAUUUGAAAGCCACGAAAAUUUUGCCAUGGAUGACAAAUAGUGGUAACAGUAAAUUUAGUGCAAAUAAAGGAUUUUUGUGCGAAGGUAUCGGACGCGAUGAUAAAAAGCUGCAACAAACAGUUAACAGCGAAUUGGAUGAUUAUGCAAAGAAAAAAGUAGAAGAUUGGUGUGCAAGAAAUGAGAUAGCUAAUCUUCAAGAAGCCGCAGAUUUCGAAGAGGACACAUUGCUCGACAGCGUCAAAUUCGACGAUUCAGUGUCGAACAAAGAUUUUGAAGUAGGCACGCUAAACAGUGUUGACACUGUGGAAAUCACUAAAGAAAACAAAAACGCUGGUGAAUGCGAAAAACUACUGAGUGACGACGAUUCCGGCAAUUCUAUACAAAAUUGUGAAAUAACUGAACAGAAACUCGGCAUGGCUGGUACAUUGACAAAAUCUCUAGAGCUGAAGUAUAGUAAACAGCAAUUGCCGCCAGAACCAAAAAUUAUUGAUUUUGAUGUGUCCCUUGAUUCCGAAAAGGAAUCAUUGAAAGAAAAUGUGCCGCUUGGCAAGGAAAAGCUGCUUAGUGGUGUGGAAUCGUUAGCAUCCACGAGAAACGGAGUUUCGAGAAAACAAAAAUUGCUGGAAAAACGCAAACAGAUAAGCAACAAACACACUGAUGAAUCUAUUAUAACCGACAAGCUGCAAGAGUUAUCACUAAAAUCUGAAAUUAACGAGAAGAAUAAUAACCUUAUAGAGUUAACAUCCAACGCAAGCACUACGAUGGAGUCUGAUAUUGGAAAAUCUAUGCGCAAAACUAUUACUGAGAGUAGCGAAACCAGCGUGGUUUCAACAAAUGUAACCAGUACUCGCGCAAAACGCCAUCUCCUCAAUCGCCAGCGGGCAUGGAUUAAGCAGGAAGAAACCACCACUGACAGCACAUCUACCAAUGAACUUACACCACAAGCAACCACUGUCUCCUCCAAACGUAUGGAGUAUUUACGAAAGCAACGUUUAGAGAAGCUUAAAACGGAAAAGCAUGAAGAACCCAAACAAGAGGGUGCUGCAGAAGAACCCAUUGGCAAAACUCAAGACCAAGCACCAUCGAAUGAAGUGGUUGAAAAGAGCACAGCGCCGAUUGCUCCCGCUAAGUCCAGCGCGCAUUUAGGUCGCUUGUUAAACUUGCGCAAAAAGCAUAGCGAGCCACAGCAAUCCAAACAAGUUAUUACACGCGCAUUUUUACCCAGUAAAAAGGUUAAGGAUGUUAAACCAGACUCAUAUUUCGAAUUAACGCAGCCACGUUUGCGUCCGGCUGCAGAGACCUUAAAAGAAAGCACCACCUUCCAUGGUUUACGCAUGAUACCAGCCGGUUUUGAUAUAACCAAUUUAAAUCAUUAUAAAGACGAGAAAAAUCAUUGGCAUCGCAAGGCAACUACGCGCUUUGAUCAUGUGCCGCACGACCUAGAUGUGGUAGCAAUGGAAAAGAAGGAGACGCAACAACACAAGAAUGCUGAUAGUGCUGGGCCCAAAGCAAUGGAAACUUCAGCAAGCACAGCAAAGCAUGCAAAUAUAUUAGAUACCACAGUGCCAGAGUUAAGCGAAGACCCCAUAGAUUUUAGCAUAAUUUCGGAGGCCAAAAGCAAGGGAUCUACUACGCCAGAGGAGCUGUCACCCUACAGCAGUAGCAACUCACCUGCGCCAAAAAAAUAUGGACGCUAUCGCUCGUUGAAAUCGCCCGCUACGCAAAUGAAUAAAAUCGAUGAAAUACUACGUUCCGCUUAUAAUGAAAAAGCCGGCGGCAAUAGUGACAUACUAGACCUAGACAAUCUAAAUUCUAGCGUCUGCAAGGAUGAUUCGGACAACACGGAUCUAUAUUCGGCCGAUGAUGGUACAAACGGCACCACUACAACCGACAACGAAGAUAUUGAAUUGGUACAUAAUUCUACUUCCAAUAAACGUUCACUUAUCAGAAAUCGCCUGCUGAAUAAAUUAGCAGCACAACAGGAGCAUUUGAAAAAGAUCGAAGACAAAUUAACCAACGAAUUGAAUACACCAAAACCCGAAACAUUUCGUAUACACUUGCCAGAAGUGAAGGAGCUGCGCGUUGUAGAGGGUGAACACAAGUUGAAAACCAAAUUUAUUGAUCACUUGGUGCUGGCGCAUUCGAAUGUACCGCUAACGGCGCUCACCAGCAUAACGGAGGCAUUCUUUUUGAAGGAAAUACACGACGAAAUGGAAAAUAUGCGCGUGACAAAGCUAUAUCGCAUACAAGCUUACGCCUGGCCACACCUGUUGCGUGGUAAUUCAAUGUUCGUCGUAAAUCCACAUAAAACGGGCAAAACAUGGAGUUAUUUGCCGGCCAUUUGUAGUCUCGUUGCUUAUCGCAUACAAAGUAGUCGCAUUGCCGAGACAUUUGGACCGGUCGCCAUCAUACUGCUACCGACCUCCGCACACGUCGAAGUUGUGCAUAAUUUUUGCAAGCGUUUACUGUUAGGCGUGCGCCCAGCAGUGACCACGGUAGCUUCGUAUGGUGUGCGGAAUGCGAAUGAUGCUAAAAUACAAUUGCUCAAUAGUUGUGGCAUACUGGUGGCAACGCCGGCCAGUUUGCUGCGUUUGUUGCGUGAUAAUGAGAAGGAGCCGCUGCUUGAUAUGGAGCGGUUGAAACAUUUGGUUGUCGAUGAUUUAGAUUUAAUGCUCUCGCGUUCGCAGAACGAUAUCGAAUUGGUAUUGAAGACCUUAUUUAAACUAUCCAAACGCAGUAAGGACGCUGCAUUGCCUUGGCAAUUGGUGGUUACCUCACGCGAUUGGGAUUCCCUGCUUGUGGCGCUUAUGCGUAAGUCAAAUCAACCACUACUUUUGAUUGGUGAUUUUCUCGAAGCCGCCGUUUAUGGCAGAGUCAUGAUAUCCAUCAAGCUCUGCCCGAGCGAGCGCAAGAUAACCACAAUUCUGGAAUUCAUCGAGCAGCAUUCGCUCGAAAACGAACGCAUACUGGUGCUGUGCAACAGCGAUGACGAUGUCUAUGAGGUCGUGGACGGUCUAACCACUUCGGCGCAUGUUUGCAUUGCCUACGACAAUCACGCGUCAGCCGAUGUGCGCACAAUUAUCGAGGAGUGGCGCAAGAAUAAGGUUAUGUCAUCACGCAUACUAGUGUGCGCCGAUUCCUCGUUUCCGGAGUUGCAAAUACAGAAUGUCUCACAUGUCAUACACUAUUCAAUGCCCACAUCUUGGACUAAAUUCACAGCGCGCUUUUCCGCUUUAGCUCAGACCUAUGACAACUAUGUGAGCACGAAUUUCGAAAUUCCCACUGGCUUGGACCGCCUCACAGCGCGCUCACUAAUACUGCUUGAUGAGGAGAAUAGCAUGCAAUUACCGCGUUUAAUGGAUUUUAUGAAGAAGCACGAUCAAUUGAAAUUUAUACACGCCGACAUUUUAGCUGUAUCCAAGCGCGUUUUGGUAGAACGCGAGGAGGCGCGCAUAUUGCAUGGCGCACGCAUGUGUCCUUUUGUCUUGGAGUUCGGGGAAUGUGAUGAACCGCGUUGUGAAUUUCGACAUAACCUCACACGUUUCGAUGCGGUUGCCAAAAAGGAUAAUAUACCGACCAACGGCGAUAUGCGCAUACUCAUACUGAAGGUAUUUUCACCCACCCACUACGCUGCACGUCUACUACAACAACGUACAGCCAACUCUAAUAAAUGGCAGGAUAUCCGACGCUCGCCGGAAGUCUGCAAUUUCAGCAUGCAAUUGAAUUUGCAUUAUAUGAAGCAGGAAAAUUGGAAUCUGCUAUGGCCGCUACACAUCGGUGAUUUGUGCAUCUACAAAUACGCCGAUACAUAUCAACGCGCGCGUAUACUUGAGUUGCCUGAUGUAUCAAACACUGCUAUUGUUAAGGUGAUAAAGCUUACGCUCAAGUUGAUCGAUGAGGGCAGCAUUAUAUCGAGCGUUAAAUCGGAUGAACUCUAUGUGUGUGCUGAUAAAUUCAAAGACUUUCCCGCACAAGCCAUAAAUAUACGCCUAACGGGAGUAGUGCCAUUCGAUAACGAACGCACUUGGGACAGUAAGGCCACUAAAACGGUGCAGAAAUGGAUUAUGACCGAUAUAAAGCAGAAUGAAUGUGUGCAUGUGAGCAUUAACUUCACGCUAAUCGAUACCAUUUGGGUGAACAAUGUAAUUGUGAUGGAGCAACUCAAACAAGUGGACCAAUAUGUGUACCGUGUGAACUUGAAACGCUCAUUGAUGGAGAAAAAUAUAGCCGAUGUGGGUGACAGUAAGAAACAGGGUAUACGCGAAAUAGCUGAGGAGUUGGGAUUGCUUGCGCAUGGCGAUGAAUCGGACAUUCUCAGUGACUCUGAGGGUGAAUUCAAAAGUUUCAGUGAGAACGACACAAGUAAUCUUAUGAAAUUUUCCUCGAACGAUAACACCGCCGAAAGUGAGAAGCUACAGCAGGAGGAGAGGCAUGCAAUAGAAACGCAAGAAGUGGCGGAAUCAAAUUCGCUAAUAAAAAUCGAUGACGACAAUGAUAAUGUGGAAGAUUGGGAUGCGCAGCUGAAUGAUAAUGCUAAUAACGCUAAAGAGAUUUAUCUACCACUACAAGCAACAAUUAAGAUCGAAACAGAUGCAGCCUCCACAAUAACAACACAGGAGAAAAAAACGGACGACAAAAUUAUUUCAACGAACAUACAAACCACUACAACUGGCAAGGAAGCGUGGCUGGAAUUGCCUUUAGAGCAAAUUGUAAAAGUGGAAAUCGGCAGCGAGGACGAAAAUGGCAAUUGGAGCGAUAUUUACUUGCAACACAUCGAUAGCGAAGUAUUGGAAAAAUUCGAUGAAUUGCUUGUGCUAAUUAAUAAACACAUUGCUAAAUUGAAACGCAAUCCGGCAAUGCCAUUCCCCGCCUCAUGGUUCAAGCCAAUGCAGAAUUGUAUAAUACAUUAUGAUGACCGUUAUUUACGCGCCAAAUUGUUUGGCAUCUUCAGCAACAAGACAACAACUAAUACCAUGCCAUCAACAAUUUACCGUUUCUUUUUGUGUGACUACGCAUGCUUCGUAAUGGCUAAAUCGGAUGAGUUGUACAAAGAUUUCCUAUAUCCCACCACACAAGAAAUUGUGGAAUUCACGCCGUAUCAAGCCAUACACUGCCGGUUAGCUGGCAUAAAUUUCAAUAAAUUCGCAAAACGCUAUAAAGUCACCAAAGAUUAUCUUUUCGCUUAUGCUGUGAAAGCGGCCGGCUGUGCAUUAACGUCAGUUAUAGCCGAUUUCAAUAUAAAUUCCUAUGAAAUACUGUUGUAUGAGAAUGAAACGGAAGAAAAUUUGCAAACGAUAGAAUUGGUCAAUAAUAAAUUGGUAGAAAAUGGUGUUGCCACGGUGGAUGAGUCAGUCAAAGAUAUGCUGCAAAAGCAUGCAGAAGUGCCUAAGACGCCUAAAGGUUUGUGUAAUUUUGAUGAACUGCUACAAUGCAUACAACGUUCCUUUGAGUUAGAAAUGUGUGAGUUAUAUGACGCGAGCACUAUAACGCCGCUACAGGCAAUUGAACCGCCUUUACAAGAAGCGACGGAAAGCAUUGACAAGCUACCGCCGAGCACUGACACACCGCUCGGUUAUAAAAAAUUAAAAUCAAAAUCCACACCGAACUCAAGCUACAAUGAAGAAGAGCCAUUACUAACGCCCAGCAAAACAUCAAGCAGCAACGAUAACAGUCGUACACUCAACUCAACCUCGACCGGCUUGGACACAACAUCUUCGUCCACAAACUCUUUACCGCCACCACCUGCUUUACAGGCGAAACACAAACGUCCGCAACUCUCCUGGUACGAUACAGAUUGUUUCAUUUAUCUCGUCAUACAUGCGCCCGAUGUUGCUGACUAUUAUCUCGAAGUUACAGCAGAUACAUUGAUAUUCGCUGCCAAUAUACAAGAUGUGCCACAUGCAUUAGUGCUCAAUUUGCUUGGUAUAGUUGAGCCUUCUCUAGUUUCGCAUGAAAUACGCGGUCUAAAUGUGUUUGUGCGCUUGGUUAAGGGUGUUUUUAUGAAAUGGCCACGUUUGUUACAACAAACGUUGCGCUAUCCUUGGCUCACGUACAACUUGAAUGCGUUAGAUUUGUCAGAAGUGGAGAAGUUGCUGCCGCAACAGCAAUUGGAAAUGAUACUACAAAAGACGGCAGCACUAAACCACAAUGACAGUUAUAGUAGCGAUGAGGAUUCUGAUGAUGAACGCAAUGUAUUCCAAACAUAUACGCCCAUAGUUAACAGUGAGGACCUACACGAUCCCAUUGUGGAAUUGCUUUGAGAGCGGGUGUCUGUUAAUUUCAAGCCAUAUAAGUAUGGUUGUUUGUUUGUUGGCCUAGGAGURACUUUAAUCGCGCUCAAAUGGCACAUCGUGCACUUGCCUAAAUUUUAAACAUUUAA